GCUGGGGCGGUGGGCGUCUUGACAAAGAGCAAUCUCUCGGCGCUAGGACCGUGUUUCUAUGAAGGCACCGAUCCAAGACUGGAGACCUCUGCUCCAACAAAACAGCUCACAGCCAGUCAAGCUGUCAGCUACAGCAGGAAGCAUCACCGGGGCAGCGCCGCACCGACCAGCUGCCUCCCUCAUCGCCAACAAGCUUAAUCAUAAAAUUUAGGCUGAGCUGUGGAGCCCUCCUUAUGGGCGCACGAUGCGCAGGAUUCGGGCCAACGCCAUUGCGGUUCUGACCGUCGCCUGGAUCCUGGGGACCUUCUAUUACCUGUGGCAGGAUAAUAAACCCCACACAUCCCCAUCGUCGGUGUCGCAGCUGCGUUCCGCGGGCGGUAGAAACCACGGGCAGAGAAUAAACGCGGGGCGACUGGAGAUCCACCGAGAUGACAGGACCAUCCCGCUUAUUGUGACACAUUCCCCACCGGGUGAGCAUCCAGAGCAGGUGAUUGGUCACUUUGAUGAGAAAGCGUACCUAUCUGGGAAGCAACUGAAGGCAGGGGAGGAUCCCUACCGAGAGCAUGCUUUCAACCUGCAGGAGAGCGACCGGCUGGGAAGCGAUCGAGCCAUCCGAGACACACGUCACUACAGAUGUGCAUCUCUGACCUUUGACCCUGACCUGCCACCCACAAGCAUUAUCAUUACCUUCCACAAUGAGGCAAGAUCUACACUUUUACGCACAAUCAAAAGUGUCCUGCUACGGAGUCCCCCGACCUUGAUCCAGGAAAUUAUUCUUGUGGAUGACUUCAGCAAUGACCCCCAAGACUGCCAGCUUCUCACCGAGAUUCCCAAGGUGCGCUGCCUACGAAAUGGACGUAGAGAAGGGCUGAUCCGGUCCCGGGUUCGAGGAGCUGGUGCUGCUUCGGCCACCAUUCUGACAUUUCUAGACAGCCACUGUGAGGUCAACACAGACUGGUUGCAGCCAAUGAUCCAGAGGGUGAAAGAGGACCACACACGAGUUGUCAGCCCCAUCAUUGAUGUAAUCAGCCUGGACAACUUUGCCUACCUAGCAGCUUCCGCGGACCUGCGGGGGGGAUUUGAUUGGAGUUUGCAUUUCAAGUGGGAGCAGAUUCCCAUUGAGCAGAAAAUGGCAAGAACAGACCCCACACAGCCAAUUAGGACUCCAGUCAUUGCAGGUGGGAUCUUUGUGAUGGACAAGAACUGGUUCAACCACUUGGGCCAGUAUGAUACCCAUAUGGACAUCUGGGGUGGAGAGAACUUUGAGCUGUCAUUCCGCGUGUGGAUGUGUGGGGGAAGCCUGGAGAUCCUGCCCUGCAGUCGCGUCGGCCACGUAUUUCGAAAGCGCCACCCCUAUGACUUUCCUGAGGGAAAUGCUCUCACUUAUAUCAAAAACACCCGCAGGGCUGCAGAAGUAUGGAUGGAUGAGUAUAAGCAGUACUACUAUGCUGCCAGGCCUUCAGCUCAAGGCAAGUCCUUUGGCAGCAUUUCGGACCGCUUGGCGCUACGGCGUAAGCUGAACUGCCAUUCUUUUGGCUGGUACCUGGAGAAUGUUUACCCUGAACUGAAGAUCCCGGAGCAGGAGGCUGUGUCAAGCGUGUUGAAACAAGGGGGGUUAUGUUUGGAGUCCAUUGGCAUGGAGAGUUUGGGCCUUGGGGAAUGCAAGGGCAGUGGAUCAAACAGGCCCCUGACGCAGAAGUGGACGUUUGUAGAGCCUUUGAUCCACCAGCAGGAACACUGUCUCGCCGUCACUGGCUUCACUGCUGGGUCAAAGGUCAAGCUGGAGUCCUGCAACCCGAAAGAACCCAAACAGAAGUGGAGACCCAAGGGCCCCGCCCUGCAGCACAUGGUCAGCGGUCUCUGCCUGGACAGCCAGCUACCCGCUGGCCCCAUCGCCACCCUGCAGUGCCAUCACCAGCUGGCCAGCCAGUCCUGGGAGCCACAGCUAGCAACUUGACCCGACAAACCCAGAGGGGCUUUGGGGUGGGGAGUUUCUGGUUAAACUGUAGGAUAAAGCUGAAGGUGCUGUUAGGGUCUGGGGAACUGUGAUGGUGCACAGUCACUGUGUGGAGCGUCCAGGAGCUGCUGUCAAAGAAGAAGAAUUGUGUUCUAAAACCCUCUGUUUUAUCACCUUCUUCUGAAUGUCUUUCUAAAUAUUGUACCUAGGGGCGAGGUAGUUUGGGGUGGGGCGGGUGGGCGGAGCAUGUGCACGACUCUCGUACCACUAGUGCUCUCAGCUGUACAGUUCCACACUUCAAGGUGAACACUUGGUUUCGGUUUCAUUACUUAUCAAGAGCUUUAUUUUUUUAGUCUUUAGUUAGACCACCUUGGCCAGUUUAAAGUCAUUGGCACUUUCUGCUACUUGACCCGAUUAUACUGGAGGCAUAAGCUGCAUAAAUGGGUUCAUAUACAAAAAACAAUUGUGUGUGUUUGUGUGUAAUUACUCCAGCACACACACAUGGUUACAUGUCUGAGCUGAGUCUUUCAAAAGCACUUUCCGGCAUAUUCUGCAUGAUAGGAUCAUCUGAACUCACACCAUGUGGGAGAAAAGUCAGCUGUCCAGCUCCAAGAAUGUAUUCUUUGUUUCUUUUUCACUGUGUAAAUAUUCCUAAAGAAAACUGAACCAGCCUCGGUUCAGAUGAAGUAACUAUUUGUGUGACUUAAAAAAUAAAAUAAACUAGAACACA